AUGCCUGUGGGGUCUGAGCUCAGUGAGAGGAUGAAAAAGUUCAAGAACAAGGGCAAGGAUGCAGCUGCCCUGAGGAGACAGAGGGCAGAGGUGAACAUUGAGCUGAGGAAGGCCAAGAAGGAUGAGCAGAUCCUGAAACGCAGGAGUAUUUCUUUCAGCUUGCUGGAUGGGAGUCUCUCUCCAGAAGACAAAGGAAAUGAGAUUGUUCAGCUGUCCUUGGAGGAGAUCAUUGGAGCUGUGAAUGGGAGCAACACAGAGCUGCAGCUGCAGGCAACCCAGGCUGCCAGAAGGAUGCUGUCCAGGCAGAAGGACCCCCCUAUCAACCAGGUCAUUGAGCUGGGGAUCAUCCCCAGGCUGGUUGAAUUCCUGAGCCGUGGUGACAGUGCUCCUCUGCAGUUUGAAGCAGCCUGGGCACUCACUAACAUUGCCUCUGGCACCUCUGACCACACCAAGGCAGUGGUGGAGGGUGGUGCUAUCCCAGCCUUCAUCUCCCUCCUGUCCUCCCCUCACAUGCACAUCAGUGAGCAGGCUGUGUGGGCACUGGGCAACAUUGCAGGUGAUGGUCCUCUGUACAGAGAUGCUCUUAUCAAUUGCAAUGUGAUCCCUCCCUUGCUGGCUCUGGUGUCACCUGUAACCCCAGUUGGGUUCCUGAGGAACAUCACAUGGACACUGUCAAACCUCUGCAGGAACAAGAACCCCCACCCUCCUCUGGAUGCGGUGAAGAAGAUGCUGCCAGUCCUCAUCUGCCUCCUGGAACAUGAGGACAAGGAAAUAAUUUCUGACUCCUGCUGGGCUAUUUCCUACCUGACUGAUGGCUCCAAUGAUCGCAUCCAAAUUGUGGUGGAUACAGGGAUUCUCCCAAGGCUGGUGGAACUCAUGGCCUGCCCAGACCUGAUUGUUCUGACUCCAGCUCUCCGUGCCAUUGGGAAUGUGGUCACAGGGACUGAUGAGCAGACCCAGGCAGCAAUAGAUACAGGUGUCCUGGCUGUCCUGCCCCGUCUCCUGAGACAUGCAAAGCCUACCAUCCAGAAGGAAGCUGCCUGGACACUCAGUAACAUUGCAGCAGGGCCUUCCCGACAGAUCCAGCAGCUCAUCACCUGUGGCUUGUUGCCCCCACUGGUGGAGGUGCUCAGCAAGGGGGAUUUCAAAGCUCAGAAGGAGGCAGUGUGGGCAGUGGCCAACUUCACCACAGGAGGAACUGUGGAGCAAGUGGUGGAGCUUGUCCAGUCUGGGGUCCUCAAACCUUUCCUCAACUUGCUUUUGGCCAAAGACAGCAAAACCAUCCUGGUCAUCCUGGAUACCCUUUCAAAUCUCUUCCUGGCUGCUGAGAAGCUGGGGCAGACAGAAAGGUUGUGUCUGCUGGUGGAAGAGCUUGAUGGGCUGGAGAAAAUCGAAGCCUUGCAAACCCAUGACAACAACAUGGUCUACAGAGCUGCACUGAAUCUCAUAGAGAAAUACUUUUCUGGUGAGGAAAAUGAAGAGCUCCAGCCUGGGACUGGGGAAGAUGGACUGUAUAACUUCUCAGUGAAGAAGCAGAACUUUGACUUCUGA